AUGGCCCAACGCGUCCACCGAGUCACCAUGUUCAAGCUCCCCAACAAGGAGCACCAGGAAAAGCUCCUGGCCCUCUACAAAACCGUCAGAGAUACAAGCACAAAGGAUGGCAAGCCCUACAUUCUCAGCAUGGCCGUCGGCGCCUGUGAGCCCGACCAGCGUUCUCAGGGCUACGAUUUCGCCGCCAAGUUUGAGUUUGCCAGCCUGGAGGACAUGCGGUUCUACGACGACGAGUGUCCCGCGCACCAGGCCCUGAAGGCGGCCGCUCGCGACCUGGAUGUCGGAGGACUGAUGACAAUCUACUUCAAGGAACUGCUCACGGGAGGCAUCUAA